AUGGCAGUCCGACUGCGGAAAGUCUUCCGAUAUCCUGAGGAAUUGGACGAGCGUGAAGAACUGGACGAACAAGAGCAGGAACGGGUCAUCGAACAACUCCAGCGCCAGAAUGAUACUCGCAACGCCCAGUACAGUGUGAUCUUCACUGCGCUUCCAUUGCUGGCGGCGUUGGUCUUUGUACCAUCGGUGCUAUCUGCGUUUAGCCUAUUGGAGCGACUGUUCUCGCUUCUCGGCCUGGUGUCGCUAGUGAUAACGGCCUAUAUCAUGAGAUGCUCUCCUCUCCAGGACCGCAAGGGCAAGAAGCCCAUGAACGUCCGCAAUGAACGGAUUGCCCGGUUCCACGCUGCUUUGGUCCCCGGGGCUGGCGCCGUAUCUGUGUUGCUAGGUCUGGUCUAUCUCUCAGCCGGGCCAUCUUAUAGUAUCCGGCCGGUGUUGUAUUUGGUCCCUGGAGCUAUGCUCGCUACCAUUCUCCUUGCUCAGAAAGUGAUGCGCUCGGUUGACCUCACCUCUCUCCAGGAUCUCCAGUACAACUACAAAGGUGCCUAG